AUGCGCUGGACACGGGCGGCGAAGUGGGUUUGGAUAGGACCCCUCCUUCGACAGAUUCAAGGACACCGUGACAAUCGGCAAGAUGGAGGAUACGCCGCACUUCGACACAGCAUCAAGGAAAAACUCGCACUGCGCCGGAAAACUACAGCAGAGGCCGUUUUUAACUUCUGCACGAACAAUAGCGCACGAGUACGAAGGACAUACCAUACGACGCGAUGUACAGUUACGGGAGGAGUUGCAGCGCGCUUUAGGACAUGGAUGUGUUUUAGUGUCGACGGUUUAGUGGUCGACAAGAGGAUGGCGUGCGGAAGCUCUUUGUGGCGGAUUUUGUGACGCAUUUUCUAAGGGUAAGGAAUAGGAAUAGGGUCUUCCGGCAUAACGCCGCUGUAAGGGAGGGGCCCGAGAGAUCGAUCUUGCCAAUGAUCAGGGUUUCAGUCGUAUGCCGGUGCUCAAACCGCUGCCGAUGAAGAAUGUCGCAUAUGGGGCAGUGAAGACGAUUGCGGCGCUCGUGGCGGCACGGGUGCCAAAUGUGCAGGACUGCGAGCGAUUCGGGACGGCGUUUGCACCCGAGGAUGAGGGGGAGAGUGAGACGAAGUGGGCGUGGCCAUAAUAACACACACGCAAGAGGGACGACUAACCUCACGCGUACAGUACCCCAACUGGGAGAAUCGCCAGCGAAGGGCGGGUUGGAACGCAGCAGGGAUGUUGAGAUAGCGCAAAGCUGCGUGCGGGAUGGGACGCCUCCUAAGGAAAGAGGACAAUGGAUCGAGAAUGAAGCCGCACCGGAGUCGGCCUCCAAAGGACGCGCGAGCAGAACGGGACUGCGAAGAGAUCCAGGGUACGAUGCCGAAUUGCGGGGAAACGCUGAUGUGGAUCGAAGAGUAACGCGUAAGGGGGAGGACCGAGGCGCGGACGGAGGGGUGUCGAUCGGGGAGCGACGCGGAGGAAUACGACGGAUAGCAGGAAGACAGGGCCAAGUCUCGCGAAGUGCGCAGAUCGCACAUUUUCCCUCGUGCCUCAAGGGUGAACGCGGACGUUCACUCUUGAGGAGGGGGCCGUGUGGCAUAACCGCGGUUCAAGAUUAGAUUUAGAUUAGAUCAAUACGAGCCACACACGCGCACACGUGUACCCACACGUGUACGGGGCUCGGAAGUGGGCACGCACACACGUGUAGUACACGUGUACGAGGCGCGCAUACCUACGAGCACACGUGUACCCACACGUGUACUGUCAGCACAGGACGGCCCGCGCUGACUACAGUAGCUCUACAGUACAGUCCGUACUGCACUGUAGAAUGUUAGGAUUGAUUGUAUAUUAAAUAACGGAGCGGACCGGCGGCGGUGAGGGCGACAAGGACGGACUUGUCCACGACCUACCGCCUAGGUCUGACUGCCAGCUUAUCCUAA